CUUCAUUUUCUGCACGGACAUUGUUUGUGGGAACGCACAAGUUAACAGCUGAUUUGAGUUGUGUGGACGUGUACUCUCCGUGUUGAAUAAGACAUUUAGCGAUUAUAUGUGACUUUGUAUUUACAGAAAUAUAUUUCUUUCAUCGUAUUUGGUGAGUUUUAUUCUUCUAAUGGCGACAGUAGAGGAGCUGAAGCUGCGGGUGAGAGAGUUGGAAAAUGAAUUGAUAAAGUGUAAGCAGAAGCAGUGUGCCAUGGAGGAUGCACUUCAUAGACCGAAAAUUGACAAAAUGAGCGCCGAAGUCGUGGACUCCAACCCAUACAGUCGUCUAAUGGCUCUAAAGAGAAUGGGCAUCGUGGACGAUUAUGAGAAAAUCCGAACAUAUACAGUGGCGGUGGUUGGUGUUGGGGGGGUGGGUAGUGUGACAGCUGAAAUGCUCACUAGAUGUGGCAUCGGUAAGUUACUUCUAUUUGACUAUGACAAAGUGGAGCUGGCCAAUAUGAACAGACUGUUCUUCCAGCCUCACCAGGCAGGCCUUAGUAAAGUGGAGGCAGCAGAACACACACUUAGAAACAUCAAUCCAGAUGUGUUGUUCGAGACCCACAACUAUAAUAUCACCACAAUGGAAAACUUCACACAUUUCAUGGAUCGCAUCAGUCAUGGAGGGCUGGAAGAUGGGAAUCCGGUGGAUUUGGUCCUGAGCUGUGUGGAUAACUUUGAGGCCAGGAUGGCCAUCAAUACCGCCUGUAAUGAACUCGGUCAGAUCUGGAUGGAGUCUGGCGUUAGUGAAAAUGCUGUAUCAGGCCACAUCCAGCUCAUCAUUCCUGGAGAGACAGCCUGCUUUGCUUGUGCUCCUCCACUGGUGGUGGCAGCUAACAUUGAUGAGAAGACCCUUAAAAGGGAAGGGGUAUGUGCUGCCAGCUUACCAACAACAAUGGGUGUUGUUGCCGGCCUCCUGGUACAAAAUGUCCUCAAAUACCUACUGAAGUUUGGCACUGUGAGUUAUUAUCUUGGAUACAAUGCCAUGCAAGACUUCUUCCCCACCAUGGCCAUGAAAGCCAACCCCCAGUGUAAUGACCGCUACUGCAGGAGACAACAAGAGGAGUACAAUAAAAAAGCAGCAGAGCAACCAAAGGUGGAAGUUGUACAGGUAGAGGAGGAUGUAGUACACGAGGACAAUCAAUGGGGUAUUGAACUUGUAUCAGAGGUGACUGAUGCAGAGUUAAAGGCUGCAACUGGCACGGUGCCUGACCUUCCAGAAGGCAUCACUGUGGCUUACACUAUUCCAGCUGAGGAUGCAGCAAGUGGGGAGACAGUGGAGGAGACUGAACAGAGUCUAGAUGACUUGAUGGCUCAGAUGAGAAAGUUGUAGACAACAAUGUGAAGAUGCUUUUCUGCUAAACCUUCCUUUUCACAAGACUGAAGGCCACUGCUCUUUGAUAAUAAACAAGUUAAUGGUGGCUGCUUGGGGACAUAGACGUCGAAGCCAGUUAACAGCAAACCCAUAAUUAAUGUCUUCUAACAGCUAAGAAAAAAAUAAAGAAAAUGCCUGUAAAGUGCUCCUGAUAGCAUUUCUUUGGCAAAUAAAGAAAAAUACAGAAACACUUGAAUGUGUUAUUUGCUGUACUAUGUACUGUUAAGCUGUGCAGCACAGAGCAGUUGCUAAUGAAACGCAUGUAAACCGAAAAUUAUGUCAUUGUUACUGUUUGCCUUAACAUGUAUCACUACAUGUAUUUUCUACAGUUUGGAUUAGUGGAAAUGUCCCUACCUUUAAUGUAUGUUCUCUGUCAUUCACUAGGCUUUAAAAAAAGACAUUUGCUGCAACAGUACUUAUGAACAAAGUCUCAAUAAAGUGUUUAUUAGUCCAAAUACAAUGUUUUUGAUACACUGGCUGUGAUUUUUGUUGUCCUGUACAGCUUUUACAGAAUAUAAUUACAUUAUAUUAAUACAUGAAUCCAUUAAAUACACUGAUACAUUGUUAAAUACUACAUUUGGCAAUGAGAUAAUAGGUUUUGGUAAAUUCAGUCAAAUAAUAAAUGGUUAUUUUAUUCUACUUUAAGCUGGAGACUCACGUGGCACUAGCCGAUUUUCAGCAAUUCCCUAAAAAUCCUUUUGUAAAGUAAUAAAUCCACAUGUAAAAAAAAAAACA